AUGCAAAUUUAUGGUCUUUGUUUUGUGAUUGAAAACGAAGUAAAGCCGAUUCCUUUACAACAUGUAGUCGUUAAAGCUAAUAUCGUUGAUAUGAUCACCGAAGUUACUAUCAACCAGACUUAUAAAAAUAUUGAAAAGGAUACCAUUGAAGCUCUUUAUAAGUUUCCUAUUUAUGAAGCCGCGGCCGUCUGCGGAUUUGAAGCGGAAAUUGAUGGACAAAGAAAAGUAAAGGGUAUCGUUAAAGAAGCAAAAGAGGCCGCUAAAGAAUACACAGAUUCAAUUCAGCAAGGACAUGGUGCUUAUUUGUUAGAAUCCGAGUCAGAAGACAUAUUUCAAUGUUCUGUUGGAAAUAUCGCAUCUGGUCAGACUGUAGUCUUAAAGAUUACAUAUGUUACCGAACUUAAACAUGAUUCUGAAACCGAAAAAAUUCGUUUUGUUCUUCCAACUCACAUCGCACCAAGAUAUGUUGAUUAUUAUCUUGAUCUUAAAGUUACCUGUAGAAUGACUUCAAUUAUUCAAAAUAUUGAAUCACCUUCACAUAAGAUUUCUACUGAAAUGAAUAUCGAUGAAAACCCUAAAAUCUCUAAAAUUACAUUGGCCGAACAGAUUACUUAUUUGGAAAAAGAUUUCAUACUUGUGGUUAAGAGCAAAGAUCUUGAUCAACCUCGAGCUUUCAUUGAAUAUAAUCCCGAAACAGAAACCAAUUGUGUUAUGUUAACUUUGGUUCCGAAAUUCGCUUUAAAUACAACCAUGGCUGAGUUAGUUUUCGUUGUUGAUAGAUCAGGAUCAAUGAGCGUCGAACCUAUGAAAAAGGCUGCGCAGGCACUUGAAUUAUUAUUACGUUCGCUUCCAGAAGAUUGUUACUUUAAUGUGGUAUCUUUUGGAUCUCGUCACGAUUCUCUUUUUCCAAAAAGUCAACUUUAUUCCGAAACUUCAUUAUCUCAGGCUAUCGAGCUUGCUCAAUCAAUGACCUCAAAUUAUGGUGGAACGGAAAUUUUUGGAGUAUUAAAAUGGGUAUUUGAGAAUUCAAGAGAUGACAUGCCCGCUUCUGUAUUUCUCAUUACAGAUGGGCAAGUUUAUAAUGUUGAACAAGUUGUAGAACUUAUACGUGAAAAGGAAGAAAAAAAGAAGGAUGAUUUGCGACUUUUUUCAUUGGGAAUUGGUGAUUCUGUUUCUCAUAAUUUAGUCGAAUCUGUUGCUCGUGCCGGUAAAGGAUAUGCCCAAUUUGUAACAAAUAAUGAAAGGAUGGAUAAAAAAGUUAUUGGAAUGUUGAAGAAUUCAUUAAAACCACCGAUCAAAGAUUAUAAAAUUACUUGGACUGACGUUGAUUUCUCGGAAUCAACCGAAAAAGAAGUUACUUCGAUGGUGGAAGAUAAGCCUAUCAUUAGCUUAUAUAGCGACAAAACGGAACCUCCGCCAUCACCUCCAAGUAAUAUCUUUACAGAUAUAAAGGUUCAACAAGCUCCGUACUCAAUUCCACCUAUUUAUCCUGGUGUACGCUUCGUUGUAUAUUGCAUUUUGGAGAAAGAUAUUGAACCGCGUCAAGUUAUCACUUUAGAUGCCACUUCUCAGGAUGGUCCUAUGAAACUUGAUAUUUCUUUGGAUCCCGUUACUUUGCAAGGGUUAAAGAUCCAUAGAUUAGCAGCAAGAAAACUUAUUCAAGAUCUUGAUGAUGGAAAUUCAUUUCUUCAUAAACAUCCUAAAAAUUCUGGUAAACAUAUUCCGGCUUCAUUGGUUAAAGAUCAUAUUGUUAAUCUUGGUAAAACUUUUAACCUUGCUUCAAAACAUACAAGUUUUAUUGCGAUUGACGAAAGAAAUAAUGAAAUUGUAUCUGAAUCUCAGACAAUCUCACAGAUAAGACUAGUUCCUGUUCCUUUUCAAUUGAAUUCAAUGCGAUCUGCGACACAAAAGUCUAGAAGGAGAAGGUCUUUUGUGUUUAAAGCUAUGUCAGAAGCAUCAGUCGAAGCAGAUGAAGCAUGUGAAUUUUCAGCGCCGAUGAAAAGAAUGUCAUUAAGAACCUCAUCAAGAAGUCUAGCAAAAAAGUCAAUGAAGAUUUCAAUAAGUGAGGCUGACAAACGAACAAUUGUAGUCGAACAUAGAGAACCACAUACUGAAAAUCUAUAUGAAUUUUUAAGUCUACAAUCAUUUGAUGAAAUCAAGGGAGCAGAUGAUAUUGAAGAAUUGGAAGAAAUAUUAACUACUUGUAUUGCUAUAGCUUAUCUUGAAGUUGUUUUGUUUGAAAAAUUUAAAGAUGAAUUUGAAAUGUGUUAUGAAAAGGCCAAAAAUGCUUUAAAGAAAAUGGUUGGAGAUGAAAAUAAAGAAAAGAUUAUUAUUCAUAAAGCUAAUGAAUGGAUUAAAAAUUGGGUGGGUGAAAAGAAAGAAAAGUUUAUGGUUGAUAAAGCUAGAGAAUAG